AGAAGAAGAGGGAGGUAAAAUGGCGUCGGGGGCCAUUUCAGCCGAGAUCAAGAAGAUUACAGAUUUGCGUGUUGUUGACUUGAAAACUGAGCUUAAGAGAAGAAACCUGGAUGUUACAGGAGUGAAAAAUGUCCUCGUUGCAAGAUUAAAGCAGGCAAUAGAAGAUGAAGGAGGUGAUCCAGAAAGCAUUGAGAUUUCUGUUUCAGGUGACACACCUACCCGAAAGAAUGUGAAAGCCAAAGGAAAGAAAACUGACUCGGACUUGGACAGCGCAGUGGAAGAGGAUACAAUUUGCAGGGAGCCUGAGGAGGACGAGUCAGAGAAAGAUGUAACUGAUCAUGAUGAUUCUACUCGCGAAAAUUCUAAAUCCUUCGCCGGCGGGGACGGCCUCGUCGAGGCACAGCCGGACCCGGAUGAACUUGAGACAGAAGCAGAGGCCGAGCCUGAAAAUGAGGCUGAGCCGGUGCUAGAGGCCGAACCCGAAGUCCCGACGACGGAAGAGCUCGAAGCCUUGGAAAGCGAAGCCGCUCCCAGACCUGCCAAAGAGGUCGAAGAGGACGAUAACAUUUCCGUCACCAUCCAGGCCGAAGAUGCCAUCACGCUGGAUGUGGAUGGUGACGACCUCCUGGAAACAGGUAAACAUGUGAAACUUCCAGACAAGGGCUGCGAGGAGCCGGGAACCUCUGCCGAGACGAGGCAAGAGGAAGACCCAAUGGCCGAGGCACAGGAUGGCCAUAAAGAUGCGAAGAGGGAUGAUGGGCUGAAGACUGAUGCCAUCAAGAAAGAGAGCAGAGAUGCCUUGAAGAAAGCUGAAACAGGAGACAAAGAAAAGGAAUCUGUGAAGAAAGGCCCCUCUUCUGCUGGGGUGGCAGGUCAAGCAAAGAGCUCCUCAAAAGACAGAGAUGGGAAGGCCACAAAGGAUGAGAAAGGAGGUACCAGCAGUAGCACCGCUAGCUCGACACGUAACUUGUGGGUGAGCGGCUUGUCUUCAAACACUAAAGCUGCUGAUCUGAAGAACCUUUUUGGCAAAUAUGGGAAGGUAUUUAGUGCCAAAGUGGUCACCAACGCACGCAGCCCAGGAUCUAAGUGCUAUGGCUUGGUGACCAUGUCUUCCAGUGCAGAGGUGGCAAGAUGCAUAUCCCACCUGGACCACACCGAGCUCCAUGGGCAGCAAAUAUCUGUGGACAGGGUUAGAAGUGACCCCUUUAGGAAGGAUUUCUCUAAGAAAGAAGCAGAUGAUAAAACAGGACCCACUAAAGCAGGGGAAAAGCGCACACUUACUGGUCCGAAGACGGCAAGCAAGAUUCAAGCCUUGUCCAAAAAGGAGGACAAGAAGCCAUCUGAGAAGGAAAGCAAAGAAACUACUGUGAAAGUGCAUCCUAAAAGCACCAAGUCUGAUGCCAAGGUUUCCGGUUCUGCAUCUGAUCUUAUGAAGGAUGAGAAGAAGCAUGCACGAAAGAGUCCAGGAAAGAUGUUUGUUAGCAAGCAAAUUAAAGGGCCGCCGGGCUUCAAACCACGACUCCCAUUGAGAAGGCCUGGAAGGUUUGACAAGCCUGCUGUUCCCCCUUUGAUGAACCGACGGCCGCGGUGGCUUAUUCCUCCUGAGCAGAUCGAAGCAUUAAGGCGAAGAAGGCCUUUACUCAAUAAGCCUGGCAACAAAAACAUCCUUCCCUUUGAAAAAAUGAAGGAACAAAGGACGCACGAUCGCAUGGUUAGAAUGGAGCGAGUCCGCAGGGCCUUGGAACUGCGUAGGCGGCGCGAUGUCGCCGAGCGAGAGCGGCGAGAACGCGAGCGGCUGCGAAUCAUGAGAGAACGCGAGGAAAGGGAGAACCUGAUGCGUGAGCGCCAGAAGCUGGAAAUGGAGAGGCAGAAGCUGGAGCGUGAACGCAUGGAGCGAGAGAGGCUGGAGAGAGAGAGGAUCCGCAUAGAGCAGGAGCGUCGGAAAGAGGCAGAGCGAAUGGCCCGUGAGCGGGAAGAGCUGAGGAGGCAACAGGAACAGCUGCGUUACGAGCAGGAGAAACGCAGCAGUCUAAAGAGAGGCCGUGAUGUGGACCACAGGAGGGAUGAGCCUUACUGGAACAACAACAAGAAAAUGGCACCGGAGUCGGGAGGCCGGCUGAACCAAGCCUCAGACUACAAUAACCGGCAACAGGGACGCUUCAGCGACUUCAAUUCUAGAGACAGAGCACGCUACCCGGAUAAUGCACCUGUUCAGCAGAACAACUUCGACAGGCGGAAUCGAUACGUAAACGAGCCAGAGGCCAAGAAGAGCCGACCCGACCUUCGGCGAGAAGGCUCUGGGUUCGAGCGCUACCCCAAAAACUUUGACAACGUGCGCCGAGCUGAACCUCCGCACCCCGCAGGCCGCUCUAACGUUCGGGACACGGAUCGGAGGGAGAUCAGAGACCGAGACGAGCGGCGACCUGUAUCGAUGCCUGAAAGGCCAACCGGGAAUAGAGCUCCUCCGCCACCCAUCAGCCACUCACGCACAGCGCACAGAGACUCUGGUCACGGCAGCUGGAAAAAUGAUGGCAUGAGCAGCAAAUCUGCUGAUGUCCGGGGAGCGGUGCGGAUGCGUCCAGAGCAUUCGAGCAGGGAUGGUCCUGGACCCGCCAUGAGGGGUGCAUCUUCAGUCAGUCGCGGCAGAGGUGGCUUUAGCAGCCGAGACGGAGGCAGACCUGUAAAUAUGGGAGAGCAGCACUACAGCAGUGGAAGGCAGGUGGUGGUGGAAAGGCACAGCCGAGAUCAAGGACCCAGAAAGGAAUGGCACAGCAGCAGCAGCAGCUCUCAGAGUGGUGGUUACAACGAUAGCAGACGCAUGGGAGAAAGCAGACCUGGCAUGAUGUCUUCACACUCCAGCCAUUCCUCCAGUGGGAUGUAUAACAGAAUCGUCCAGAUCACCAAUGUCCCGAUGAGCAGCAGCAGCAGCAGCAGUGGAGGAUUUAAACCAUUUAAAGGAAGGUUCUAGCAUCCUCUUCCUUUGCAGCCUUUAACUACCUUUUGUAACUUAAUUUCCUUUGUUUUUUUUUAGUUUGGAAUAUUUUGAUGUUUUUAAAUAGUCUGAUUACUGUAAAAAAGCUUCUCUUUUUGUUGUUUAGCGCCUUGUUAAAAGUAGGAACGUUUUGGUCAGCUGUAAACUAAGGCCCGUGCACAGAAGUAUUACUCCAGCACAUAGCACAUACCUGCAGGUUUUUCAGGAAGAAUUAUUUCUCCUGCUGUUACACUGCCCACAUUAAUGUCUGUGUUGAUGAAUCUUUUAACUUUCAGAUAUGUAAGAGCAGGUUAAUGUGCAGUGCAGGAGGACUAAGAAUCUGUUCUGUAGUAACUUAAUAGCAACAUUGCUUUAUGUAAACAAGUAGAUUGCUGCAUCAUUUUUUCAUGGCUUGAAUUUCUGCUUCUCACAAGUGUUGAAUUUAAUUAAAUUAUACAGGUUAACAUGUUUUUGUUGUGUAAAUGCUGUACUUUAUUACAAUAUAAACUAGAUACUGUGAAGAACCACAAUGCAACAUGUCUUACUGAGCAGGUUUCAUUUAAUCAGACGUUCUGUCCUUCGUCUAAGGCUUGCGUUACAGGUUACAUCCAUCUGAUUUCACACAUUUGUUCAUAUGUACAUCAACAGUUAACCCAUUGUACAGCAGAAGAACAUUGGCCCUGUUGAGGUCCAGCCUGUAAAGAAAGACCUUUGCAAAAUGUUAAGGAAAAGGGUUUACAUGAGAAAGGGUUAAUGAUUGCUUUGAUCAUCUGUUGUA